CUCGCGAUAGUUCAAAAUGACGUAUGCGGAAGUUUACAAUCAUCCCGUGUGAACGUGUCGCCGCAGUUAGAAAGGCCGGUUGCUAGCUUUACUUCUACUAUGAAUUCUGUUUUACUUAACGCAGUUUUGUCCACUUCUCCCGACUAUGAGCCUCUCUUUGAGUCUCUCUGCUGGCCGGCUGACGUGUGGCCGGAGACGGAGCGUGUUGGGGCGCUGACCGCUUUCCUGGAAGGACUCGAAGACCUUCUCCUCCAAUCAGAUCGCAGCUUGUUGACGCCCGCGAAAAGACAAUGUCUUCUGGACAGAACCGAGUCUAUCCUUUGGUCGCGUUGUCUGCCUCUUCUCUCCAGAAUAUCAACAGAAGCGGAGGGUUCGCCGUGCAGGGAGCUGACCGCCGCUGUCUGCGGACUUGUGGCUGUCUGUGUCCGGCUGUGUGACCCGGCGGUGGCGGGCCGAACCGCCCAGGCGGUCCUGCCUUCGCUGCAGCUGCACGAAGAGGAGCAACUCAGUGUUGAGAUUGCCUCUGACGUCAUAAUUGCCAUUUUACCUUCUUUAUCAGGAGACGACCACCUCACAUCAAGCAUCUUGUCAUGUGCCUUGUUGGGCAUUAGAACUCCUCCAGAGGGGUUGCUACCCCGGGUCACCGUCCGGCUCUUGUUGGCCCUGCUGGGCUGUUGCAGUGAUGCUCGGCUCAGCAUCCUCCUCCAGAAGAUACUGACGGAGCUGUGCACCUGGCACGCCUUGGAGCGCACACCUGCGGUAACCGAGCGCACGCUGCUGUUUUUGACUGCCCUGUCUGACCACUUGCUGGCCGCCAGCGAGCCGGAUCCUCGUCCCUGCCUCCGGUUCUGGUGGGCGGUUCAGGAUGGACUGAUCCACAGAGACAACGUGUCCCGCAAGAGAGCCUUGUACCUUCUCAAGAGGUGUGUGGCCUCGUCACAGGAACAGGAUGUGGACUGCCCUCGAUCACAAGAGUCUGGUGAGGAGGUCUUGUUCAAAUGGACUCCGAAAAACAGCAAGAUGCUCAGAGAGUUCUGGGAGGAUUAUGUGCUGGUGAUGGAGACUUUGGAGGAAAAUCAGGUCCAUGUUGUCCGACCAGUUCUGAACAGAAUAGACUCACUCAUUCAAACAACAGAAAAAGAAGGUCAGGACCUAUUCCACCCUUCAUGGCUGCUGUGUGUUUACCAGCGGAUGUUCCACAGUGAGAAUAAAACCUUAAUGAAGGCAGGAGUGUGUCACUUGCUGGAACUCCAGGUCCUCCAACAGCCAGCGUUUGCUUUGGCUUUUUCUCAGUUUAUUACUGGCCCCUUCAUAGAUGUCCUGUCAGAAAUGUCACUCUACUGCAAGGCACCUGGCCAGAGUGUUGGAGCAUGUCCCGAGCUGGCAAUUAAGCUCCAAAUCUUCUUGAAGAACUUCUUCAGCAGCCUGCCAGCAGAGGACAAAGGUCGUGUGUUGCUGCAGAUGAUCCAGCAGCUGGGCUCGAAGCAUUGGUGUGCAGUGCCUCUCUUGUUCCUCUCUCAGGCCCUGUCAAACCUUGCACCAAACCCAAUGCUGGGGAUAGACGGGCUCACUUCCCUCAGGGAGGUGCUGCGCUGCACCAUGAUCACACAUCAAGUCCUCCUGAGAGGUGCUGCUCAGUGCUUCUUACUUAAGAGCGCCCUCUGUCUCAUAGAUGUGAGCACGGUGACCUUAGAUGACGUCUUUACCUUCCUGGCCAAUUUUCGGGCAGAUGAGUCGCUAUGUCGAGGGACGAAGCUUUGGAAUGAGGUGUGUGUGUGGCUUUUAAGCAAGGAGGGCAGCUUCAAACCUAUGCCAACUAAUGGUAACACUGAUGCCACAGGCAAGGACAGCGUGAAGGCCUACACUCAAGGCAUAAUACACAGCUUUGUAAGAGUUCCACCAUGCACAGAUCAGAGUGAGAGCUUACCUGACCCCAAAGAUGCCGACAAGUUGGCCAUGUCCAUUCUACUUUGCACUGAUGUGAACAGGAGUCGGCCCGGAGCAGACAUUGGCCAAGACCUCCAGCUGUUAUUGUUUCCUUUGCUGGAGACGCUGAGCCGGGUCAGCACGAACCUUUACCUUCCUCUGAGGAAGGCUGACAAGAGCUUGCAACUAGUUUUGCGACUGCUACAACUCACAGGAACGCCGAAAGAAUGUGUGGAUGAUGUUACGGCUGCUUUGAAGAGGCUCAUUUUUCAACACAUAGAUCCAAUCCAGGAGUUCAUAGUGAGGCGUCUGUGUGGGGAGCUUCAGGAGUUGUUUGAUGUGGAGAGAGCAGAUCUCUAUUUGAACGUCCUGAAGCAGCUGGCCAUCCACACUUCUAAUAUUCAGCAAGCUUCCUUCCCUAAACUCAUCAAGCAUAGUCUAAGCAUCCUGCAAAAACCAACCCAGCAGAUUCCCUCUGUGGCAAGCCAGGUAGCUAAAGCUGUUGCUAUGGCGUCUCUUGCCACAGUAUGCGGUCUAAUUGAGCUUCGAGCAAUUGUCAUGGAGGCCGACACCUUAUCUCUUCUGAAACAACUGAACGAGCACUUUUACAAGGCAGCACCAACUUCCUGGCAGAGUCCUUCACCUUGGGGGUGCCUCAGCGAGCGCCUUUUGAAACCUCACACAGCAGGCAGCUUGAGUGUUGAAGGUGGACAAGGUCCUCUUCUGCAAGAUUGGGGACGCACAUCUGCCUACUUCAUGCGAAACCGAUGGAUUUGCCUUAGUCUCCUGAUAAAGACCGCCGGGAUGUUGUCCGAACUCCACACAAACAGAGAUGCUUUAGCGGCCGCUCUGACCUGCAGCGUGGAGGCUCUGACUCUGCUACCCAGUGACCUUGUGCUGCCUGUAUUUGCCUUCAUGGAGACGGUGCUGCCACAAUUAGUGCAAGAGGAGGAGGCCCUCUGCGUGGAGGCCUUGAGUCGGACCUGGGAGCUGGUGCAUGGGCUCAGCAGUAACGCUCAUGACUUCUGGCCUGCCCUCAAAGGCUUCAUUUCGCUGGCCUUCCACAAAACACUUCUGCUGCUCACAGACCAAGAGGCCCCCGUGCUCACAGCAGCCAUGAAACAGAUUGCAACUAAACUCAUGGAAUUGUCUGAGUCCAAGAAUGGUGUUUUUAGUGUGCUUUUGCAACACUGCUGUCACACAUGGUUGCCCACUCGUGACCCAGAUGACGAUGUCUUCUCCAGUGUUUUUAGUCACAUCAACAUCCCAGCUGAGGCCUGCGUCUAUGGCCCCGUGUUCAGGAGAGAUCAGCGUCUUGUUCAAGAUGUCCACACAUAUGUGGAGCAACUGGAUGGAGAAUGUGCCGCCAAUGCUGUGGUUGCCAGUGACAACAGAGAUGAUCAGCUACCUCGCAUGUAUGCACUUGCUUUCCUCAGUUGCCUUGACCCCUCUAAUCAACAGCAUGAGAGGCUGAUGGAGAAGCUUGUUGUCACUCUCCUAGAAAAGGACAAGAACACGUCAAAAUCAGUUCGCAUCUCUAGUAACUCCCUACAACAUCGUGUGAAAAACAGAGUAUGGCAAACUGUACUGCUGCUUCUUCCCAAAUUUAAAGAGGAGUUUGUCACCUCUAUACUGAACAAGGUCUUUGAGGCUGGCUUCUGCAGUAACCAGGCUUCAGUCAAGUACCUGAUCGAGUGGAUGAUUAUUUUGGUCCUUGUCCAUUAUCCACAACACAUAGACAGGUUUUGGGUCUGCUUUAAUAUGGAUCUUGUGCAGCAACAUGAAGGAAGCAAAACAGGCAUCUGCACCUUUCUGGCAGUCUUGGUGCAUUUCUCCGUCAUUGUUCCAAAACUUAAGAACCCAGAUGUGCAGUUGGCCAAAGCACUGGAUGUCGCUCUGCAGUGGUGUUUCCACAAUAACUUCAGCGUGCGCCUGUAUGCCCUGCUGGCCUUGAAGCGGGUUUGGAGCUUGAUAGAGGCCAGAGGAGAAGAUGAUGGUCUGAGGGGGCUGUCCACUGUUGUCAAAGCCUGUCUGCACCAGACUGAGGCCUUGAAGAACACGGGGAAUGCCAACAAGAAUUGGACCAGGAUUCAAGAGCACUUUUUCUUUUGUGCCUUUGAUCCAAUAAGGGAUUACAGUAUUGAGACAAUAUUUUACACAUUCCCUAGUCUGUCAGGGUUGGCUGAUGAUGAAUGGAUUCCACCCUGGAAGCUAGAGAAGCUAUCAUGGGUUUCUCAAGUCCCUCCUUUGAGGAAUGCUGCUCCUCAAAUGAGCCGGCUCCAGCCUGGAGACUGGAUCCAGCAAGACAAAAGCGAGGAGGAUAAGGAGGAUCGCUGGGCUGAGGUGCAAAAGAAGAUCACCCCCUGGAGGUUGGACAUCCAGGACCAGGAUCCUGAUCUCCAGUUGGUUCCACAGCAGAGAGUCGCUCGUGUGGGCAAACAGCACGGCGCCCUGUUGGUGGUCGCCUCACUUAUUGACAAACCCACAAACUUAGGAGGUUUGUGCCGGACCUGUGAGAUCUUUGGUGCCAGUGCAUUGGUGCUGGACAACCUUCGCCACAUUACUGACAAACAUUUUCAGUCCCUCAGUGUUUCAUCUGAACUUUGGCUUCCCCUUCUGGAGGUGAAGCCGUUGGAGCUGGCAGACUUCCUGCAAGUAAAAAAGAGACAGGACUACUGCAUUGUUGGAGUGGAGCAGACUGCCAACAGUCAGAACCUUCAGGACUUCCACUUCCCUGAGAAGACACUGCUACUUCUAGGAAAUGAGCGAGAAGGCAUUCCCGCCAACUUGCUCCAGCUGCUGGACGUGUGCGUGGAGAUCCCUCAGCAAGGGGUCAUCCGCUCGCUCAAUGUUCACGUGAGUGCCGCCCUGCUCAUCUGGGAGUACACUCGGCAACGCCUCACCUGCACCUCCAGUCAAGUCAAGUCAAAACCCUGCUGAAAAAACAACCUAUUUACUGCAUAUGACUAAGGAUUUUUAGCUGCUGGUUCCAACAAGUGUAAAACUUACAAAUUAUGCAAACAUUGAUAAGUCCCAUUUAUGUUUGAAUGCUACUUGCCUUAGUUGCCUAGUGCCUUAAUGAGAUCGGCCCUGCUCAUUGCAUGUGACUAUGCCACUUAGAUUUUUAUUGGAAUAAUAAAGCCCAUAUCUGUGCCUGCAGAAGAGAAGCAGGUAUGUCCAAUGAGGCAAUUACCUUUUGCUUCACAGGGACUUUAAAAACAAUGCAGCGUGUCAGAAAACAUGAAGUGUGGAUCUAAUAAUGAAUUUUGCUAAUGAAACUUGAAAAAAAAAACAUUUUUACAGUAGGGCCUAUCUUAGUAUGACAGGUUUUAAAAUAUUUUAUGUUGUGUUUUUAGUUUUGUUAUUCAAUUUAAAUGUAAAUAAACACUGUGU